AUGGACAUGGACAUGGACGUUCCUUUACCAGAGGAGCUCGAAUUCCUAGAAGCCAACGACUCUCAUCUCCAUGACUACUUUGACGACUACGACGACCUCGAACCAGAUCAACCCUACCCAGAAGAAGAAAGCGAAGACCCAGUUCACAAACACCCCCCAAAUCCAAAUCCACAACUACCCCCAAAACCCACACUUUCAAUCCCGCCCAAACCCAACCCAAUUUCAGACCAAUCCCACAUCCAAAUCAGCAGUAAGAAAAGGUUCCGAUCCGACUGCCCACAUUCAUCCAAUCUUGAAAAUGUGGGCCCGCCAGAGGAUAACGCGGCUUCAUUGGAGGAGAAGAGGAGUAGAACUGAUGAAGUUGACGAAGAUUGGCUUCGGUACUCGCCGUCGCGCCGCCAAAAUGAGGAGGUCUCUACGGUGGUGGUGGAGGAGGAGAAGUUUGUCUCGAGAUAUGCGUCGGACAUAGAUGGCGAUUGUGUGUCAGUGACGGGACCGGAUGGUGAGAGGGUUUACGCUAAAAUAAGUAGGUUUGGGAAGGAGGUUACGUCGAAGAAAUUGGAAAUGAAAGCUCACUCAAUUGGUCUUAUUCCGGAACCUAUCAAUGUUCUAAUGCAGAAAGUGGAACAUGAUGCUUUAACGAAGGCUUUGCAUGCUAGUGUUGAAGGUCAGAGUGAUGUAAUUCUUCCAGAAAUGCCUGUUGUCAAGGAGCAACUUUGGGUGGAUAAAUAUGCUCCAAAUUCGUUUUUGGAGCUUCUCAGUGAUGAACAGACAAAUCGCGAGGUCCUUUUGUGGUUGAAACAAUGGGAUUCUUGUGUUUUUGGAUGUGACAUAAAGACUACAACAGAUGAUGUCUUGUCUGAUUUGAGGCGACAUUCUUCAGUUGCUCAGCGUCCGAAAUUUUCUAAUAUGAGUUCUUUUGCAAAAAGUAGAGAACCUAGAUUCCACAAAGAAAGUUUUAACAUUUGUAAUAAUUUGGAUCAAGAAGGAAGUGUUCCAAAAGGUAUUCAGGAGCCAUGGAACAAGAAGCACAAGGGUUCUGGUCCACCAGAGCAGAAGGUUUCCUACAUUUGGGUGAAGGACAAUCUUUGCUAUUCUGCAGCACAAUGGGUUUGGAUUAUGACCAUGGAUGCCAAUGUUAUUAGGGAAUUGUAUGAAGUAGUAGUAUUCAGAGACAAAGUGGUGGAUGCACUAAUUCUCAAGAUUUAUCUGGCAAUUUUGAACAUUCUUCUGCUUUGUGGACCCCCAGGGCUUGGAAAGACAACACUUGCACAUGUGGCUGCCAGACAUUGUGGAUAUCGUGUGGUGGAGGAAUGUGAUUCUGCACAGAUUAAUGCAAGUGAUGAUCGGUCGUCAUCAACCAUUGAAGCGAAAAUCGUUGAUGUGGUUCAGAUGAACUCUGUCAUGGGUGACUCGAAGCCAAAGUGCUUGGUAAUUGAUGAAAUAGAUGGAGCUCUGGGUGAAGGCAAGGGUGCAGUGGAGGUUAUUCUGAAGAUGGCCUCUGCUGAAAGGAAAACUGAUACCGGAAAGGAAAAUGUAUCUCACGAGGAACAGUCAGGGAGGCAGUCCUCAAAAAGAAAGCAAAAGAAUGCAUCACUAAUAAGACCUGUGAUUUGCAUUUGUAAUGAACUCUAUGCACCUGCCUUGAGGCCAUUGCGUCAGGUGGCAAAGGUUCUUAUAUUCGUUCAGCCAACAACAAGUCGAGUUGUCAGCAGGCUCAAAUACAUAUCUAACAAAGAAGGCCUGAAGACAAGUUCCAUCGCCCUCACUGCACUUGCAGGGUAUACUGAAUGUGACAUACGUGCAUGUUUGAACACUCUUCAGUUCCUCAAUAAGAAGAAGGAAAACCUCAAAGUGUUGGAGAUCAGUUCUCAAUUGGUUGGCCGAAAGGACACAUCAAAAAGUGUUUUCGACGUAUGGAAAGAGAUUUUUCAAAAGAGAAGAGUGAAGCAGGAAAGGAUAUCGGGUAAUGGCAGCAGCAGCAUGUCCAAUGAAUUUGAAUUUCUGCACAAUCUGAUAUCUAACCGUGGCGACUACGACUUAAUUUUAGAUGGGAUCCACGAAAAUAUUUUGCAGCUCCAUUAUCAUGAUCCACUUAUGCGAAAGACAGUCAAAUGCUUGCAUAAUCUUGGGGUUUCUGAUAUGAUUCACCAGUACAUUAUGCGCACGCAGCAGAUGUCUUUACAAGUUUAUCAGCCUUCUAUUGCAAUUGCUGUACAUGGUCUAAUAGCUCAAGUUGAAAGACCAAAUAUUGGAUGGCCCAAAUCUUUCCAAAGAUACCGAACAAGCUUGGUGGAAAGGAUGGAGAUAUUUCAUUCAUGGCACUACAAAAUAUCACCAUACAUCUCAAGGCAUCUGUCAACUAAGUCCUUUGUAGAAGACUUGAUUUCUCCAUUGUUACAUCUUUUGUCACCACCAACUCUAAGGCCGGUGGCAUUGCAUUUACUUUCAGAGAAAGAGAAGAAUGAUCUGGUCCAGUUAGUAAAUUUUAUGGUGUCGUAUGCUAUAACUUAUAAGAAUGUAAAAUCUAAUCCUUUACACAGUACACUGAGACAUGAAGUUGAUUUAGAUGCUUCGGCUCUUUCAUUUGAUCCCCCAAUAAGUGAUUUUAUAAACUUCCAGGGCUAUAAAUCUGGUCAUUUUGUGUUGGCUUCAGCUGUGAAGCAGGUCUUGGUGCAUGAGGUGGAAAAGCAAAAGAUUUUGCAAGGCAGCAUCAACAGAUCUGUGCACCCUCCUGAUGUAUGUAACAAGAAAAACCAGGCUAUGGCAGGGGGCAAAAUGGGCAGAACACCUUCCAGAUCUGAUAGUGCAACCACAUCUGCUGGGAAGAUGACAAACACAAAGAAUCCGUUAAUCCCGCAGCAUUAUGGAUUGACUACUACUUCUAAUCCAUCAACUUCAGAUUGUAAUCGAACUACCACAGCCAGUGUGAUACUAAAAUCCUCUGAAAAGAAAAAGAAGCGAUAUACCGACUCUUCUAGUUUCUUUGACAGUGCAUUUGACAUUGCUUGGUCUUUGCACACUGUUAAACUAGUAGUUACUUCAAAAGCUUAA